AUGGCCGGGAAACCACUUCUCGCCACAACGCAUACAAAGCCCCUGCGCCUUCCUGUCCUCGCUGCACGGGACGCUGAUCAUCAACAGCAGGACGACGCUCAUCUGGCACAGCAGCCGGCUUGGGAGGCGGGGGAGGAAGAGGAUCUAACCAGUAAGAUGCAGAUGAAGAUGAAGCUGUUCACCCUAAAGAUGAAGGAGGAGGAUUCAGUGAUGAGCCACAUCGCUGAAUUCAAGAAGAUCGUCGCCGACCUAGUGUCGAUGGAGGUGAAGUAUGAUGAUGAGGACUUAGGUCUUUUACUGCUAUGUUCUUUGCCAAAUUCGUAUGCAAAUUUUCGUGACACCAUACUUUUGAGCCGUGAUGAACUAACCCUAAAGGAAGUUUAUGAGGCUCUCCCGUCUAGGGAGAAGAUGAGAGGCAUGGUACAGAAUGACGAGAUGUCGUCCUCCAAGGGCGAUGCUUUGCAUGUGAGAGGCAGAACUAAAAACAGAUCCUCCAAUGAUGGCAAUGAUGGAAGAAAGAACUACAAAAGGAGAGGCCGUUCAAAGUCCAAGCCACAUGGUAAUAAAAAGUUACGUGUUUAUUGCAAGCUGACAAAUCAUAAUGUUGAGGAUUGCGAAAAAAUGCAGAAUAAGGAGAAGAGGAAAAACAAGUCACCGGUGUUUGCCUCAGAUCAUGUUCCAGAAAAAGAGCUGCAGCGUAUGCGCAUGCAGGUGGAGCAUGUUGAUGAUGAUACAGGUGUGCAAGUGGAGCCUGUUGAUGAGCAUGGUGACCAUGAUAAUGAUGUUGCUGAGGAUGAUGCUCAUGAUGAUGUUCAGCAAACUCCUCCUAUUUUGCAGUUAGAGGAGGAUUUACCUAUUGCUCAACGCAAGUCAAAAAGGAUAAUUGCACCUCCUAAGCGUCUUAUUGAAGAGUGUAAUUUAUCUUACUAUGCUUUGAGUUGUGCUGAACAGGUGGAGAAUGUUCAUGAGCCAGCAACCUAUAAAGAAGCUAUUCGUUGUGGUGAUACUGAGAAUUGGAUUUCUGCUAUGCAUGAGGAGAUGCGGUCUCUUGAGAAGAACAGUACAUGGGAGAUUGGAAAAUCAUUUUGGGCAAUUGGCCGAGCUGAUGGGGAGGUGGAUUGGAAGUAUUGUAGAACGGAGGAACAGCGAAAUUGUGGGGUGGAUACGAUGGAAAAUGUGGAUGAGGAUAGGACUGAUAAUGAGGCUGUGGCGAUGGGUAGAAAUUGGGUUGCUGAAUUGGGGAAAAUUGAGUGGGGGAUUAGGUGGGUAAGGGGACGGUGGAUUUCGAAUGAAAUUAGGCUAUGGGUUCGGGUGAUGGGGAGCGGGUGGAUUGGGGUGAGGAUUUGA